AUGAGUUCGAUUUCUGAAGAUUUGCUAAUAAAUAUUGAUCCAAGACAUGCUGAAGGUCAACAUUAUAUCAACAUCAAAUAUGGUUAUUUCAUUUUAUUUCUUUCAGGUUUACAUAUAAUCUGGUCACAAUCAAUAAAGUAUAUCUAUCUUAGGAAAUGGUCUCAAUCAGGUAGUAAUAUAAACAUCUGGAAGAAAAUUUCUUCUAUUCCUAUAUGGGUAACAGUGAUUAUUUGGUCAUUGAUUUAUUUCAUCCUUUUCCCAUUUCAUAUAACAGAAUGGUCAGAGAAUUAUACCACAGCCAUUAAAAGAUCAGGUAGAAUAGCUUAUGCUUUAAUUCCACUCGAUAUAUUCUUAGUUUUGAGACCUUCAAAUGUAAUUGGGUUCAAAAUUGGUUAUUACUUGGAAUCUUUAAAUCUUCAUAAAUGGAUUUCAAGAUUAAUUGUCUUAGCUGCGGUAGUUCACGGAUGUGGAUUUACUUAUAAAUGGAUUAUUGAUGGUACAAUUUUAGAAAAGCCAUUUGUUAUAUUGAACUUUUUAGGUGUGGUGGUAUUCUUAUUUGCUGUUACAUUGGUAAUUAUAUCCAUAAGACCAAUCAGACAAAGAAUCUAUCAAGUGUUUUAUAUUCUUCAUGAUUUCACUGCAUGGAUAUUCGUCAUUCUUAUCGCUUUCCAUGCUAGACCCGGUGUUUUAUGGAUUGCUGUAUUAAACUCUCUCUUAUUUGCUGUUCAAAUUUAUCAAAGAUUCUUUAGAGCUCAUUACGUGCAUAAUAUUCAAGUUCUCGGCAAGAGCCACUCAUUACAAAUUAUAAGGAUUGAAAGACCACCUGAUUUCCCUUCAACAUUCUUACCUGGUUCCCAUAUAAGAUUGACUUAUUCCAACUUGAAUUAUAAGUCUUGGUUCUUACCAACUCAUCCAUUUACAGUGGUUUCAAAUUCAGAUUCAAAUUUGAUAGAGUUAAUUGUGAGUCCAACCGUUAAUUUCCAACUCAAUUCAUCAUUGAUUUAUUCUUUAACUGGUCCAUUCCCAUCAUUACCAAAACCAUUCUUUGAAACUGUUCAAAACUUAAAUAUAAUUUGUGGAGGUUCAGGUAUUUCUUUUGGAUUACCUGUAUUUAAAUAUUUAGCUAAUUCACCCAAUAUUAAAUCAUUGAAUUUAAUUUGGUGUAUUAGGAAUAAGAAAGACUUACAAAUCUUAGAGAACUUUUUUGAACACCUUCCAGAAUCAUUGCAUAUUUAUAUUACAGGGGAUACAGGAAGUAAAGAAGAAACUUUAUUUGAUGAAGAAUCAGAAGAAUUACUUUUUGGAAGUAAUUCUCAUCAAGAAGAAAACAUUGAAUUAGACCAAUUAGAUAAGCCAACAAAGGAAAAAACUAGUAAUAUCCAUUAUAAUAGACCCGACUUCAAUGAAGUCUUUUCUAGUUUCCAUUCAACUGGUGAUAGUGACAAGCAAUGGUUGGUAGCUUGUGGCCCAAGUGACCUAGUCAAUGACGCUCAUGCCUGGAGUAGGAAAAAUAACGUUCAAUUUUUCUCAGAAGUAUAUGAAAUGUAA